GGAGCCUGCGCCUCCGCAACUGUGCUCCUUGCUGCCUCCGCCCCCUCUCCCCCUGCUCCCAGCAGAGGAGGAAAGCAAAAUCCCAGGCAUUUCGGCAGAUUUAAAAAACCCUCCCAGACGCAGACCAGAGGGCUCAAAAAGAGGACAUGUCUAGGAAAACCCAGACCUGGUAAUCCUAGCGGCAGGGCUCCCCCUCCGCGCCCUGGCCCCAGCGGUGACUGGUGGGGGGGGGGGGUCCCUCCUCCCCCCUCCCCAGCCACAGCCCCUCCCUGGUGCCCUGGCAGAGGAGGAGAAUGAGAUCAACGCCAUGGACUUCUGCCUGGAUGGCAGCGUCUUUGCCACGGCCGGCACCGACCGCCACAUUCGGCUCUACGACAGCUGCACCAUGCAGCUGUUUCAUACACUGGAGGCUCCGGACUUCAUGACGGGGGAUGUGGCAGUGACCAGUGGGGCCUCCCGCCGCAUCUUCGCUCUCCGCUUCCACCCACAGGAAAAUCAUAUCUUCCUGACGGGCGGCUGGGACAACAGUGUCAAGGUCUGGGACAAGCGGAUAAGGAAGGAGGCUCAGCGUGUGAUCAAUGGGCCCCACAUCUGUGGCCCAGGCCUUGACAUUUGGGUGAGAUGGAUGUGGGGCAUGUGGAGGGGCAUCACAGGGGAUGUGGCCAGCAACAUGCCUGUUCCUGGGCUGGGCUGUGGUCAUCUGACCAGAAGGUACCUGAUGGUCCCUCCACCUGCUCCCCUCAAAGAGACAUCCUUUGUACCUGGAAGUGCUGCACACCUGAGCCGGGCUCCCCUUCCCCACUGGCAGCCUGUGCUCACUGGCUCUGGGGUGCAUGCUGGGGUUGACAUGCUGCAUCUGCCCCCAUCUCCUCUUCCCCAGGGUCACUGCGUGCUCACGGCCUCCUGGGUGCCCCGCAACGCGCUGCAGCUCUGGGACCUACGGACGUCCCAGCUGCAGAAGAACCUGCCGUUCCCCGGGGGCCAUACGCAGGGCCAGUUCCUGUAUGCAGCCCAGUUCUGCGACCCAGACACGGUGCUGGCUGGGGGCAGCGGCACCUGUGGGGCUGGCGUCAUCCGCAUCAGCACCCACCAGGAUCUGAAGCGACACCCCUGGCGCGGGCAUCUGUCCAGGAUCUGGAGUGACUCCCCUGGGGUGGGCGUCUACCCAGGAUCCAGAGCGACUCCCCCCAGCUCUGGCAUCUGCCUGGAUCCAGACUGACUCCCCUUGGCGCCAGCACUGGUCUGGGAUCUGGAGUGACUCCUGUCUGCAGCCCUGAAUCUCUGGAGGGAGUGGCAUGUCCAGAACGCCUGCGCCCUGUGGUACCUGUAACGGCAGCUGCUUCCUGGGUGAGUGGGGGCUGCUGUGUUACACGGGGGCCCAUUGUCUCCUCAGGUUACUCAAUGUGACCCCCCCUUCCCUUCCCCAGGGUGCUGGGGGUGUUUGUGCGAGGGAAACUCCCUCAAACUGGCCUUGCUGAUGGAGAGGACCCAGCACUUUCCAGGCCGUGGGAGUGGGGGUGGCGGCGCAGGCAUGGAGGCUGGUGCCCACAUUGAGGGGAAGAGAGCCCUAGGCGAGGGCUCCCAGCACUUUCUCUGUC